AUGGGCAGCGAUCUGCUUUCUCACCUCUCUGCAAACGACCGGGCCCUCUUCUGGGAGUACGGCCAAGGAGCCAAGGCUUUCGUCCCCUUCCAAUGUGCUCAUCACGCAUUCGAGUUCCACGCCAAAGCCAACCCCGAUCUCACUGCAGUCGAGGAGUUCGAGACCAAGAUCACCUACAAGGAGCUCGACCGCCAGGCCAACUGCCUCGCCACUCGCCUCCGUGGAUCGGGGGUGAACGUCGGGUCCCGUGUUUGCCUCCUCGUAGAGCGUUCGCCUUGGCUCGUCAUUGGUGUUUUGGGUGUCCUCAAGGCCGGUGCGGCGUAUAUCCCCUUCGAUGGGAACGUCGUCUCCGACAGCACCCUCAAGCAUGCGAUUCAAGAUUCGGCGCCCACCGUCAUCCUCACCCUUCGCAAGUUCCAGCACCGCGUUGCGGACGCCGCCUCGACUGAGAUCGUCUACUUGGACGAAACUCUGUGCACCUCUUACAACCCCAACCACUGCACCAAGCCUCGCGAUUUUACUUCUUCCACUAAUUCUGUUUAUAUUAUUUAUACUAGCGGUACUACCGGCACACCCAAGGGUGUUAAUGUUACUCACGGAAAUGUUACGAACUUGCUUUGCAUUGCCCCUGGAAAUUUGGGCAUGAAACCUGGUAUCAAAGUUUCUCAGAUGUUGAACAUCUCUUUUGAUUUUGCGGCUUGGGAAAUCCUUGGCUCUAUGGUCAACGGUGCUACCCUCUGUCUUCGAGGCAAGACCUCCAAGGAGUGGAAAGCGGUCAUGAGGAAUGUGGAUAUCUUGUUCUCCACACCGUCCAUGCUGGCGCCGCACAACCCUGCCGAUUAUCCCAACCUCUCGACUGUGGUGGUUGCAGGCGAGGCCUGCCCCAAGGCCACCGCCGACCUCUGGGGCGCGCGCGUCAAGUUUUACAAUGCCUGUGGUCCCACCGAAGUCACCAUCGCCAAUACCAUGCAGCUCCAUACUCCUGGAGAUAUCGUCACCAUCGGCGGUCCAACUCCCAACAACAGCGUCUACGUCCUCGAUGAGAACAUGCGGCCGGUACCGAUUGGCGAACCCGGGGUAAUGUGGGGCGGCGGUGCUGGUAUCACCAAAGGCUACCUCAACUUGCCUGACAAGACUGCUGAACGAUAUGUUCCCGAUCCGUUUGCUGAUGAUGGCUCGAUGAUGUUUAAUACUGGUGACUUGGGGUACGUUCUCGAUUCUCGAUGCUAUGAGUUGAGGAAUCUGGGCUCGUUGUGCUUACUAGAGCGUGUUAGACGAUGGCAUUCGAAUGGCACUCUGGUUCACCUUGGAAGGAUUGACAACCAAGUCAAGAUCAAAGGGUUCCGCGUGGAAUUGGAUGGUGUUGCUACUGCUAUGGAGACAUGCCCGGGAGUCCAGGCGGCUACUGCUUUGUUGAUUGACGGGGAGCUGUGGGGCUUUGCUACCCCCGCCUCGUUGAAGCCUGAGGAUAUUAAAGAGGCUGCGCUCAAGGUCCAGCCGUACUACGCUGUCCCCACCAGGUAUCUUACCUUGGACGAGUUCCCGGAGACAGCUAACGGCAAAACGGACAAGAGGAUUUUGCGACAGAUGGCGCUCGACGCGAAGAACCAAGAGGAGAAGCCGGCCAACAAGGCUCCAGCUCAGAAUGCCGCCUGGGUCAACCUCCCGACGACGGUCAUUGCUCAAGCAGCUGGGGCUCAGCCUCCUACCAUCCCCCAUCGUUCAUCGGAGAGGAGCUUGGUGUCGACUGUUGGGUCUACCGUUGUAGGAUCUCAAGUCAAGCAGGUCGACUCGUCCGCCUCGUCGGCUCUCGAAAAAGAAGAGUACAUCUGGUCAGGAUACCUCGAAGACGAAGUCCCCGAGAAGACUCAAGGCCGCAUCGUCCGCAACCUCCGCCACCAGAUCUUCAACCUCUACAGGCGUCUCUUCUCCGUCGUCUUCAUCAUCAACAUGGCCCUGUUCAUUUGGAUCCUCGUCACCAAGGACUACGAUGCCCACAGGCUUGGAGGGAUUGUCGUUGCCAACGUUUUCAUCGGUGUCCUCAUGCGUCAGGAAAUGGUCAUCAACACUCUCUUCAUCAUCUUCACUGCUGUUCCCCCGUCUUGGCCUUUGUGCAUCCGACGUGUUUGUGCGAGGAUUUAUACGAUUGGUGGUAUCCAUUCUGGUGCUGGCGUUUCGGCCUUUGUUUGGUUGGUUGCCUUCACUGCGCAAGCUACCAAGGAGAUGAUCAACAAGGGAAAGACUUCCGUCCGCACUGUCGCGAUCACCUACGUUAUCUUGGCUGAACUCCUCGGUAUCCUCAUCUUCGCCUAUCCCGCCCUCCGAAAGAAGAUGCACGACACCUUCGAGAACACCCACCGAUACCUCGGAUGGACCGCCCUCGCCUUGGUCUGGAUCCAGUUCAUGUUCUUGACCAUCGACUACCUGCCUGAAGGACAAACACUCGGCCAGACCCUCGUCAAGUCUCCCCACUUCUGGCUUGUCAUCAUCUUCACCAUUUCCAUCAUCUGGCCAUGGUUCCGCCUCCGCAAGGUUGAUUGCCGCCCCGAAGUCCUCUCUAACCACGCCGUCCGACUCUGGUUCGACUAUGGUGUCACUCCCGACGCUGGUACUUUCGUCCGUCUCUCCGAUGCUCCCUUGAAGGAAUGGCACGGUUUCGCCUCGAUCUCCAUCCCAGGCCGCACCGGGUACUCCGUCGUGGUCUCCCGCGCAGGUGACUGGACCUCCAAGCACAUCAACGACCCGCCGACCAAGAUGUGGGUCAAGGGCGUCCCCACCUACGGUGUCCUCAAGCUCGUCCCCAUGUUCCGCCGCAUGGUCCUCGUCGCGACUGGAUCCGGUAUCGGUCCGUGCGCCCCCGCCAUCUUGCGCAGGCAGAUCCCCAUGCGCGUGUUGUGGACUGCUCCGAAUGUCCGAGAGACCUUUGGUGAUAACUUGUGCAACUCGAUUUUGGAGGCGUGUCCUGAUGCUGUGAUCUAUGAUACUCGCAAGCAUGGAAAGCCUGAUAUGGUCAAGCUUGUGUUGAGGCUUGUCAAGGAGUUUGAUGCUGAGGCUGUUGCUAUUAUCUCUAACCAGCCUCUCACUGAGAAGGUUGUUUAUGGAUGCAUGAGCCGGGGUAUCCCUGCCUUUGGUGCCAUCUGGGAUUCGUAA